AUGGCUGCCCAAAAAGUUUUGACCCCAGAAUCUCAAUUAAAGAAGACCAAGGCUAACCAGCAAACUGCUGAACAAGUUGCUGCCGAGAGAGCUGUCCGCAAGGCCGCUAACAAGGAAAAGAGAGCCAUCAUCUUGCAGAGAAACGCUGCUUACCAACAGGAGUACGUUGCUGCUGAAAGAGCUGUCAUUGACGCCAAGCGUGAAGCCAGAGCCACCGGUUCUUACUACGUCGAAGCCCAACCAAAGUUGGUCUUUGUUGUUAGAAUCAAGGGUAUCAACAAGAUUGCUCCAAAGCCAAGAAAGGUUCUACAAUUGUUGAGAUUGAACCAAAUCAACACCGGUACCUUCGUCAAGGUCACCAAGGCCACCACCGAAUUGUUGAAGUUGAUCGAACCAUACGUCGCAUACGGUUACCCAUCCUACUCCACCAUCAGACAGUUGGUUUACAAGAGAGGUUUCGGUAAGAUCAACAAGCAAAGAAUUGCUUUGUCCGACAACUCCAUCAUUGAGGCCAACUUGGGUAAGUACGGUAUUCUAUCCAUCGACGACUUGAUCCACGAGAUCGUCACCGUCGGCCCUCACUUCAAGCAAGCCAACAACUUCUUGUGGCCAUUCAAGCUAUCCAACCCAUCUGGUGGCUGGGGUGUUCCAAGAAAGUUCAAGCACUUCAUCCAAGGUGGUGCUUUCGGUAACAGAGAGCAAUUCAUCAACAAGUUGGUUAAGUCCAUGAACUAA